AUGAGGUUUAUACGGAGUUUUAUACCAGGCAUUAGAUGCUCGAACUCGCUAAUAUUUAAGAGAAGAGCUUCGAUUGACUAUCUUGUUUCAUCUCUCAAUAGAGCCGAAGAGACUAACAAGGAAGAGCACCCAUCUCAAAAAUGCAACAUUAAUAUAUUAAAGCCAUCAGAAAUUCCUCCAAAGGAUAGCACGAAGCUUGUUAUAUCACCAAACGAAUUAACUGACCAUUUCAGAUAUAAAGAGUACCCCAAACCAACAAGAAGACAAAUUUCUGAAACGCAGGCACUCUUUAAUAAUUCUAGUUUUAAGCUUGAGUGGACGUUAGAUAAAUAUGAUGAAAUACCAUAUAUAAAAUAUAAAAGAUUAAAGGAAGAAAAGACAGAGAAAUUAUCUAAGGUUGAGCCCUAUAGGAAAACGGAGUACCAUUUGACACAAUUAAAUUCUAAAAAGACGUUUGGAAUCCAACCAGAACAUCUCAAACCGAUGCCUGAGGUUCUAUUACUAGGGAACACGAAUGUGGGAAAAUCCUCGUUGAUCAAUAGUUUGUUAGUUAACAGAGAAGAAAAUAAGUCGGCCAAUUUAUCUACCGAGCAUGCAUUUGUUUCGAAGAGGGCAGGCUACACUAAGACGCUCAACUGUUUCAAUAUAGGUAAUAAAUUGAGAAUAAUGGAUAGUCCAGGUUACGGUGAAUUUGGAGAGCUGUCACAAGGAGAGGUUAUAACAGAUUACAUAACCAAGGGACAGUCGUUGAGAAGGGUUUUUGUAUUAAUAGACAGUGUGAAAGGCUUUCAAGAAGAAGACUUACAUAUAAUAGACUUCUUAAUAAGUGAAGGGAUCUCAUUCGAUCUAAUUUUCACCAAGGUAGACCAAGUUAUUCAAAAAUUCAUGCCAAAAAAGCUAAUCAAUUCUAAACAUGCUAAUAAGCCCAAAUCCGUAGAAGAAAGAGUCAACAACGCAACUUUGAUAAAACAAUGCAAUAAGAAGGUCAUUGACUACUUUGGUAGUAUGAUAGAAGAAUCAAAUAUGUCUAAUCUUGUAACCUUACCGAAGUUAUUCUUUAAUAAUGUACAAACGAACAAGUUUGUACCUGGCAGGCAAGGAUAUAAGGAAAUUAGAUAUGAAAUAUUGCUGAGUUGUGGAUUGGUUAAAGAAGAUACAGUAGGUAGUGGUGCUGCCAUUCAAGAAGAGACUAUGAUGAAGCAAAAUGCACUUAGGAGGAAGACAAAGGUUCAAAGACUAAUGUAA